AUGAAUACUGGAAGGGACUCUUUGAUAUCUUCCUCUCAUAGGUCUCCGCUCGACAAUUUAGCCAUUAGAGGAGCAAAUGAUGGACUGGCGUCUACAAUAAGCUCAGGAAGUAUUAUUGUUAACACUCCGUGGUACAAGAAAUUAUAUUACUGGUUGAUUGUUUUUGAUGGUGAUAAUGAUAUUAUUGAUGGCAAAACUUAUAAUUAUUUACCAUCCAUCACGAACUAUGUUUAUUUUAUUGGUGGUAGGGUUAAAUUUUUAUAUAAACCUAAUGAUAAACUGAAUUUACUUUAUCCCUCAUUAGUAUUAUUUAUAUUAGUUUCACCAAUGGUAUUAUUUUCAAUUUUUGAAGCUAAUACACUUUGGAACACAAAGUUUGGUUAUAAAGGGUUUGUAUUUUUUUUUUAUUAUUUUUGGUGUAUGUCCUUAAGUUUUUUCGUUAGAGCAAUGACCAGUGAUCCUGGAAUUUUGCCCAAAAAUAUUCAUAUUCCUAAACUUGCAAAUAAUUUUCAAUUGCCACAAGAAUACUAUAAUUUGAUUCGAUUGCCUAUUAAAGAUGAGAGUCAGUAUGUGGAGAUAACGUAUUGCAGGACGUGUAGGAUUUGGCGACCACCAAGAUCAAGCCAUUGUUCAAUCUGUGAUUGUUGUGUUAUGUCAUUGGAUCAUCAUUGUCUAUGGUUAAAUAAUUGUGUUGGGAAAAGAAACUACAGAUAUUUUCUAAUUUUUUUAACCAGCACAAUCAUGACUGUCAUUUUCCUAUUGAUUAAUACAGGCAUUCAUAUUGGUAAGAAUCGGCAUGAAAAGAAACCCGCAAGCAAUAUUCCUGUAACUAUUUUGUUAACAGUAUACGGUUCUUUAUCGAUCUCGUACCCAAUAAUAUUACUAGCGUAUCAUCUGGUGUUAACUGGAACAAAUCAAACUACAAGAGAAUUUUUAAAAUAUGUUUACGAAAUUCGAGACCAACAUCGUAAAAGCAAAAACCCUGUAUUUAUGAAAAUAAUCAAGAAUAAAAAUAACAUAUACGAUAAGCACAACGCAUUUAAAAAUAUAUUAUCUUUAUUCUGCCAAAGCAGAGGUAUCAGUUUACAACCAGCUCGUAAGACAGUUAAAAAUCAAAAAUACGCUUCCCAUAACAUAGAUGAUGGUUUGCAAAUGGUAAACCCGCAAAACAAUGAACUUCGAUAUACCAAUCUGAAGUAUGACAACCUACAAUAA